CCUGCCACGUAUGGUGGGAUAUUUGAUCUGUUGUAGGACGCCCUUUGGUAUGCUCGUCGCACUACUAUUUUGACUAUUUUACCACUUCUCUUUUGACACUAUUUGACGUUUAAUGAGAUUUAGCGUCUUCCUCCGUGUUGCAUGAGCAUUCGCUCACUCCUAUCUCCAUGUCUUGUGCUAACGCCUUCUCUGUGUACGCCGAUGCAGUCCCUUCCCCCCCCCCUCACAGUGGAUUCCGCUCGCGUUUCGCUGGACCAAAAGGCUCGUCAGAUUACGACAGAACACAUGUUAGACACACACAGAGUCUGCGCAUGCCAUAAAAAAUGGGGAGUCUGGUGGCACACCUGGGUGCAGGCUCACACCGCGUCAGCUAUUUGUGCCCAAUCCGCGCGCGUCAGUUAACUGACCGGCGCGGACAGUAGACUGAUGCCUGGAAGAGGAAAGGGGGAGGGAGGUCGACGGUUUCGGCGCAUAUUCCUCACUAUACACAACCUGUCAAGCUUGAACUUAUCACAAUGCGCAAAGAAGUGGUGGAUUGGAAAGCUGCCAACUGACGGGAUAACUCAGACUUCGCAGUGAAGUGGCGGGCUGGUGGACCGUGCGUCACGCUGCAACGCCUCCUUCCUAAUGUUGCUGAUAUGGCACUCUUACUUGCAUGGGAUCUGAGCUGACUACAUCUUGUUUCCGUAAAAAACUGGUCCGCCGUGUGUGACACGCAUAAACAGGCUGUGGACUACUGUUAGCCAGUGCGCCCGAUCCUGCCUCCGGCAGCCCUGACCCUCUUGCCACCGCGUCCAGGAGUGUGAGAGAGGACAAAGUGUCGGAGACGCUGUGUAAGUCGCAAGAAACCAAUUUACACUCAAGUCACCGUCCUGCGCCCGCCACGCAACGGGCACCCGGUGGACAUUCUCGUCUGCGACGGUCGAGCUGACGCUUCCAUGCACCUUUUGGAAGCCUCCAUAUGCGUGGUCAGUGAACCGCGUUUUCAGCGUCUAGUUAGUGCGAAUUCUCGCUCGCUAGUAUUUUGUCGCACGCCCAAACUUGACUGGGAAGGAGAAAAGGUGGUGGUCGACGUCGCUGGCAACAUGGAGCAAAACUUCCUUCACGCCGAACACAGUGGUGCACUGGUUUACUAAUCAUGAUAUAAAUCACUAUCUUGCUUUCCUUCUCUUAUUUGUUGUCCUGCUACCUAUUCCUUUUUUCUGUUACUUGUGGCUUUUCAACGUCCAUUCUGUACGGGCCUUGAGUGUUGUGCCUGUGCUCGCUUCUGAUCAAACAAUAUGCCAGAUAGUCUCGUGCUUGCCGCUUUGAAUUUCCCGCCAUUUCCUUCUUUUCCACCUCUUCUCUCUUUAGGAGAUUUGCCCUUGCCUGAAUCCUGCGCUCUGUAUCGCCUCACCCAUGAAUCGGCGGAUCAGCAGCUGGAUCUCAUCGCGGCAACCACUUGUGUCCCACAAAUCAACAGCUCCUGCACCUACCCGCUCGAUUCCCUUGUUCGUCUUGUCUCGCUCCUGCCUAACUUUCGUCUAGCAGGCGGCCUCAAUAUGCCCAAAAUAAUCACCAUUCUUUGCUCCGAUGGCCGGAAACGACGCCAGUUGCUAAAGUGUCGGGAUGACCCACGUCAGGAUGCGAUCAUGCAGCAGGUAAAAGAUCAAUCCUUUUCUCCCGACCCUCCUGGUUGAAAACCGCGACUGCGGGAGUUCGACAGGACUUCUGGGGUCUUUUCUUAUCAUUCCCAAAUAUUUUUACAAGUAAGUCGUACUAAGGUGGGGCGUGUGUGAAUCAUGGACCUAUCCUUCGGAGUUCCCGACCAAGAGUCCUAGUCUGGCGUUUUUAACUGUCAACCUUAACCCGUUAACGGUAUGACUUGUCACUCCACUUAUUAAAAUCAAUGUCUAGUGAUAUAGCUUCCCUCACGAUCCGUGUCGGUGGGAAGAACGAGGGAUCAGUAUAGAAAGUUAGCUCCUUGGAUUUCCGCUAGUCUUUGACCUGGAAAACAGGAGCUAUUGGGAUGUAAUAAGUGCCGAAGUCGGUCAGUGUUGGUUGUCUUUAUACUCUUUGGGAAGACUUUUUAAUGGAAAUAUUUUAAAUUUGAUGAGAGUAAUUAGGUUUUCCAAAACUUUUGCAUCCUAAAGCAUACCUUCAGCAGAAAACGUUCCGAACACUGUUUUUGAAUGCUGCGAAUUUAUGGGUACUGGGUGUAUUUAAAAUCGGAGUCGCCUUUAUAAGAUGUUUUGAAUGAAGAUGCGCGGAGAUUUCCUUUUGACUGGAAUCACGAAAACAUUUUUUCUAUGUGCUAUUUUGAUUUGUUCUAAUUGUUUUGAGUGUGGGAUUUUUCCAUGUUAUAAGACCACCCGUGUCUCCACCCUAGGUAGCGCGCUGGAAAGUGUAGCGGAAUUUUUUCUACUAAACUGUAGACCUGUAAAAUCCUCCAAAAACCUUAAGUAACUAUGUACUUGGUCGCGUUCAAGGGGGGUAAACGAAUCAGCACUCGUUUUCAUCCCACUGGAAGGUUCAAGUACUCUCGUUUGUACCGUCUGUCGUCGUCUUUAUUGCCUUCUAACGUUCUUAAUCACAUGCCAUUAUCUCCUAAUUUUUUUCGUAGCGAAACAGAAACCGACUCGAAAGACCUUUCUUGAAAGCAUUCGACAUAUUUUUUGAGGGCUUUUUUACCGACCUCUUUUGUCCAAGUUGUACCGUUGCUAACCCUGCCUUCAUUCUGUCCCUUCUGCAUGCGCAAGACCACAGGUACCGGUACUUCUAUGUGCCUUGCUGUGAUAACCCCUCUUAAAGCCGUUUUACCUGGGGCGGUGCAUCAGGCGGGAGGGAUCUGGUGGUUUUCUAACCAAAUGAGGAUUAGCCAGAGUGUUUCCCACCCAGCGAAGUUGUCUGUUGUCUUCUUAGAUAACUAUGGAGGAACCAACCCUGCUGUGCCCUACGCAGAGGGGAUCUUAUUGUCAUGCCAGUGCGUAAACCCAUCUACAGUCGUCUUAAUCCUGUCUACGCCAUUAAAACAAAGACUUUGGGGGGGGGGGUGGGGUUAAGCCUAUGCUGAGAUAGUUUCCCCUGCCUUGCGUCAUAACCGCAGAUUUUGAGGCUAGUCAUGGACAUAAUCGAGUUUGUCGAAAAGAUUACCACGUCGUUUUUACUCAGAUUUAUAUUGCAACAUUGGCCAGAUUCUUCCACAGGUACCUUGGCUUUGUAGGUUUUUACAGCAGCCAACCACCUACUGGCAGCCCACGCCUACGAUGUGAUGCCGUUUACCGCUGCAACGACCUCCAGCACCGCCAAUCAAGCUCAGCGGUCCACGCCUACCUCAAACCCUUGUCUGUCACGUCAGCCCAUGCGAAUCCGCACUUAUACGGUCCGUGUAUAGUUCACUUUUGUUGGUUCUUGUAUGUUCUUCUCGGUUUGCAGUUCCUUCUCUCCAAUUCCUGCUUCGGGGCUUCGUUAAUGUGUAAAUUGAGAGCAGUAUUUGUUAUAGCUCACCAUCUGAGAGGUUGGAAGGGGCCCGAUGGGUGUACUCUUACCUCUGUCUUCGAAGCUGGUUAUUCUAGGCCAGACGUAACCAGCAGCACUAGCACGACAUGAAUUCAGUUUGAUUGUCCCCUUUUGUGUGGGACACGCAGUUAUUUGUGUUCAGUUUUUCAGGUCUUGCCCCUCAGAAGCUACCCUUCUCAACUUUGUCCACAUAGAUCACCUUCUUGACUUCUUCUCUCCAUCCACUACUUAGGUAAUUCCUCUGGCACGCCGAAGCGGUCUUAUCGAGUGGUGCGAGGGCACCGUGCCACUUGGGGAUUGGUUGGCUAACGAAACCAGUGGUGCUCACCAGCGCUACCAUCCCACUGACCUCACGCCUACGCAAGCCAAAUUGCGCCUCGCAGGAGUACGUGACAGGGGGCAGGAACGAAAAUUUGCCGUCUUUCAGGAGAUUUGUGAAAGACUGAGGUCAGCGAAAUUGAUGGCCGGACCCUUCUCUGUCUGCACUUUUUCAUGGCUCCGAAUCAUCAUUUUCAGUGUCAUUGUAGCUCUUAGAUGUUAGCCACACGUUGCUCGCGCAUGAUCUUGAUGCGCCAACGAAACUUGAAGACCGCCUUUUGGAAAUGUUUGGUUUCGGCGGCGCAUUGCCCUAGGCUACCAAGUUAGUUAAUUAUGACCUUUUUGUCUUGGAAAUGCUAUAUGAGUGCUCUGCUCUUCUUGAAGGGAGUUAAUAUUUUGCGGGGGUAGGAGACUAGUUUCCGACGAAAACCUGUUAACUGUGCCAUGUCGAGCUACACUGCAGUUCAAAGCAGCCACAUCCUCCCUCAACUUUGCUGCAGUAUGAAUUAAAAGUACCUGCCAACUCACUCAGCUGUUAUCCCACGCUGCUUCCACAGUACCUAAUAUUUCUCAUACGACCUCUUCCAGAAAGGAAAAGCUUUUUAACUGGGGCAGACUUUCUUGUAUGCCUAGCAUAAAUUCUGUGUGAGACUUUUUCUGGGCGACUGACUGCAACACUAUUGUUUUUCAGCUCGCUUUCCUUGCCCUCUUGUCGUGCGAGCGAAUGUUAACAGAUGGUAUCUUCGGCUUAUCUGCCGCCACCACGCAACCAUAAAGGGGGGUCCGGAUGACCUUAGAUUCAAAUCAGCCCUUUCAGAUCUAGCUGAUUGUUGCUUAUCGCGAAUUACAUUUAUUCGAAGUGAUUUCUAUAGAGUGGAAUGGCCACAGUUAUCUAUUUUAAGGAAGAAGAACAUGUAAUCACCGAGACGGUAUUUUGUGUCAGCGGGCACAGGAACCCAUCUUCAGAGACAUAAAAAAACUAUCAUACCUGAGCAGUUUUUGGUCUGACAAAGCGCAAGGGAGAGUGGAAAAACCAUCCAACCUGACCACAUUAUGUCAUCACUCAACGGUGCCUCGCCAUUCACAGCUCUCAAACCGAAAGAACGUCCCAGCACAGUCGCUUCUGUUCACCAUCUGGCGGCUGCCACGACAGUCGGGUAUCUGGGUUGUUAGUCGCCUUUCGGUACACCAUGGUGCCAAACUAGGUUUCUGCAUGACAAGAACGCCAAGAAAACGGCAAUUGUCGGGCCUUCUCUUUUGGAAAUUGAAGGUCUGUGCAGAUGCCGCUAAGUAGUUUCUGGUGGCAUGGUGGUUCCUCCCCCUCAAUCAUAACGAACCUCUCAUCCGCGUGUCGGCGGCACGAGGUAAAAACUCGUCACAUUGGUCCAGAGGGACAAAUACAGGAGCGUCAGCAUCCGCGGAACUACCCAGAGACGACUUUAUCAUCACGAGGGCCAGCGGCAAAGAAUGCAUCAAAAGCGACGGAACGUAAUGUCGUGAGAUCUCGUGUGGGUAUCACCCAUUUUCCAAAAGCUACCCUGCGUACCAGGGCCACGCAGGUGAAUGACCAACUGGUUGCAGGUGAGCAGUCUAGUGUAGGUUGUUGUACUCCACGCCACGACUGUUCCGGCCAUUAUACAGGCUGAACAUCAUGACGGCGCAGUUGACAAAGAUGCGAGCCCGAACGAGUCAUUCGGAGAGGCGCCACUCUGUCCCAGGUCGCCGACUGUACCCGGAAGGAAGACCACAGAUUGGACUUCGCGGAUAGUGCCGACAAUAGGACACGACAGGAGCCGUCAGAGGCCUCGGUCUCGUUGAUAUACUUCCCUGCUAUCAUACUUUGUUCUCACCCGAUCGAGGUGUUUAAUUUAGUUUCCAGCUAAGAACUCACAUGGCCACCGCACCAUGAGGACCCGGUGGCAGGCACUGGGACCCCAUCCUCAUCCCUUUGCACCUGGUGUUAUCAGCCUACAAAGUUAUCAUGCGUGAGGAUGGGCUCCCGUAUGACCCGAGACCUUGGGUUGAUAUGAUUGCCGAUCUGAUGAUUGCGCACCCAUCUUUGCGACAAAAACCUGUUCCGACUUGCCUAUUUUUGUAGCUGUGUGCCACAAAUGAUAACCUUGAACUCUCGGAGCCGUGUAUUGCUGUGUCCUACCAUUGAGCCAGAUUGGUUAACACCUUUUCCUGCUCUCCACCCUCCUUAUUAUAAUAAUUUUACUUUGGCGCCUAGUUUCCAACGCCUAACUAUAACGCCACGGGACCCACAUUUUCCGGCAUUUGUCCGUUUCUGCUAGACGUCACGUCAAGUCUUGCAUUCUAGGCGCGCACCUCACGUACUUUAACCGAAUUUCAACUAUUUUGAUUCCAAGGUUGCUGCAAAUGUUGCUUCAGCCUUUAAGACUUUGGACGGAGGUCUCUGUGACUGCGGUCGCGAUAAGGGUAUUUACCGUCCUCCUGUAAUCUUUCAUUUAAUUGGCGUAGUGGCCCUUCACUCAGUGUUCUGCAUGACAGUCCGUGAAUUGGCUGAACAAGCUUAAGAAUGUUCAAGAUCAUAGAGUAGCCUCCUAUAGCUAUCAAGUAUUUCCCAACGCCCUCAACCUCUCCCCCUCCUCUCGGUUUAUCCUCUUCGGACAGACCGGUCCUGGGCUACUUUUUCCUUGAGAAUUUCCCCAGCCCGACUGAGUGGCACGCUGCAAAAGCGAGGUACACCACUUCACUGGCUGUCUCCUCCAUCCUCGGUUUUCUGGUCGGCCUGGGUGACCGGCACCCGCACAAUCUGCUGCUGCAUCCUGCCACAGGCGAGGUAGUGCACAUUGAUCUGGGCAUUGCUUUCGAUCAGGUGAGUACUCAUUUUUCUAACCUGUCUCAACCCGCCCCUCCCUGCCCUGGCACUUUUACUCACCUCGUCGUCAUUCCCUCCCCUACCGCUUUCAGUCCGAUCUAUUAUAUCCAUUAUAAAGCGCUAAAACAUAGGUGCUGGACUUAAUCUUAGUAGCAGGAACUCCAGUCGACGUAAGCAACGAGAAUACCCUCAGUCAGGUGUAGGAAGCCGAUUUUGGCCUCCACGCUCGCUAUCAUCCCGGUGAUAUCCGGCCAAUUGGUCUGUGUAGUGGCUCCCCGCAGCCUUCACACUAUAACCUGUCUGGCCUCAGUUGAACAACUAAUAGGUCGCCCGUGCUUAUCUCGUAUGGGGGACCUCGCCUGGCUUCCAUAUAUUCUAUUUGACUACCUUUUUGCCGGCUGAAGUUAUCCACUCCUGAGCAUCUUCCUUCAGUUACAGCUGAUCCGAGAUGUGCCUGGCCGACUUUCUCCCAGUUUUAUCAAUAAUUUUUAUUUUGACCCAACUGGAAAACUCGGCGGCAUCGGUGGAAUUCAGACGCACCGAGGUCGCCAAGUUUUUCUCAGCUGGGCCAAGAUAUAUUAUUAAGUCUUCCAAAACGCCUAUACAUAAUUUCUAUAUUGAUUCUUAUGUCGGGAGGCCGAAGUGAUUCUAACGAGUCUCUCUCACUCGCGAAUGAGCUGGCUCUCGGGUUGCUGAUUUGCCUUCGAAUCCAGUAAACGACCUUCGUCACCUUUUUGGUUUCACUACCUAAUUUUGGUUUGACAUUCGUAUUCCUUCGCAAAAAUUCUCGCUUUUCUACCGUACUCCGAUAUGUCUUGAUUAUGCGCAAAGCCUAGCACUUUUUCUUCCCUCCUUAUUUAUGGCCUGUAUUCAAGCCCUCGAACAGGGCUAUCAGUGGCCAGCAGUAUUUGUGGUACUAGUGCAACAUGACUGACCAUUUGUGAUGAAGUCGAAGUAAUGCACUGUGGUCUGACUGCACCAUUCCCGGUCUCGGGCAACGCAGCUGGGCUGUCGGGCUAGGCCUGGGUCAACCUGGAAACAACCAAGUCAGAUUCAGAUCAUCUGGCUUAGAUAUGUUUGGUUAACGUAAGAGAUAAAAAAUCGUCAUUCUCACCCGUCUACAUGUCGGCAAGCCCUUUGAAAGAGUUUAUUAUAUAUCUAAUCGCUAAAGCCUUCUCUACCGGCUUUUACAAGGGUCGUCUUCUGCCAACUCCAGAAGUGGUGCCUUUUCGUUUGACCCGAGAUCUUAUCCAUGCUCUCGGUCCUCUUGGCCCCGAAGCCGGAUUCACCACUGCUGCCGAGUCGGCUCUCUUGGUGUUCGCCUCCGGCGCAGAUGUCAUCAUCACUCUCCUCGAGGUACGCAGCUGCCAUCUGCUGGCUCACUUCGUUUUUUAAUGUCAUCCCUAAGUAAACCUUUUUCACCUUUUUUGCGCUGGGGUCCCAACCUGUCUGGAUUUCCUAAUGGUUCGUGUUAAGGCGCAAAUUCGGCCAGCAGUGAUAUCGAAGGCGCCCUAUCUCACCUGCAACUUGCCACUGUGCCCUUUGGCACAGUCUUGGACUCCAUCACCUACGGUGGAUAAACUAUUGGCGGUCGCGUUGAUUAGUCAGGCCUGAUUAUAGGACGGAGUAGGGUAAGAAGAAAUUUCUUACAGUCGGCCGACCGCUUACUAUAGGCAAAGAUAAACGCCUCAGGGUUUGUGGGCGUCCGCACUGUAGAAUAUUCUAAAAUAAUUCGAUAACCUCCGCGAAACAUACAUUCGUGGCAUACUGACACUGAGCUUUUCUGUGAAUUACAGUUCUCGCUCAAUUUUUGUUCUGCCAGGACUGUCGUUGCGGGCUUUAGACUUACAAGGGAAGUAUCCACAGACGAUGCGGAGCGUCGGCUGUUAUCUAAGAUCAACUAUUUUGUCUACGACCACCUGCACCUGUUUUCGAAAGUUAUGCCCAAAAUACAGAAUAAAUCGACCUCUUGGUAGUCUUUCUUUCUAAACUUCUAAGUGCCUUCAUGAUUCCUUUGCAGGCCUCUCGGAUGGAUUCGGAACAUGGUAAAUUCAUUUAAUGAGAAAGCGGACUACAUGCACACUUGAUUUUACCUAGCUUAAAGGCUCCAGUUACGCAAUACUGAAUAUAACGCCAAUGUCAUCUGUUCCUUGAUAAAGAUGCUAAGUGCCCUACUUGCAUCUCUGGCUCUAUUCAGCCCUCGCCGUUCAGUCGGAGAAUUCUCGUGAGGACAGUUCCCCUCACAAUAGUUAUUGGUGUUUUACAAAUAUACAAAGAUUUGACGUGAACGCAUGGCAAGAUGAUUCGUACAAUAGACUGCCAGUUUGGUUGUUGCAAUAGUGUAAUGCGGCUCUUUGCUGUCAUAAUUUUGACCCGGCAUGCCUACGGAACUUUUAUUGUUUGAACUCCAUGCAUGGCCGUAAUCCAAGUUAUUUGUAAGUCAAUGGGGUUACACUUAAAUUAUUCCCCCUAGUACUGUGGAACUAUUACUUCCACGUGUUCGACAAAGUGAGGCGAAUCUUUGCCAUUUCAAAGUCAGUUGACUAAUCGUCUAGGUUUAUGGACAGCUGCAGUCACUCUUUUCGUUGCCUUCAGAACCCUCAAGGUGACUGAUACCAUAUGAUGCUGUGAAUAGAAGCCUGCGAUCACCCACCAAAUUUUGCUUACUCUUCACCGUCUUAGUAAUACGAUCAUACCGAUUAUUUUCACUGCCUCCGUUUUGCCAAUUGAACACUUGAAUUCUGCGCACCCGGCUGCCUUAACACAUUCUGUGGGUUUCACCCCGACGGUCUCAAAUAUUUUCACUGAAAUGUUCACAACUUUACGCUUAUUGUAGGUACUUUUGCACGACCCUCUUUACUCGUGGUCCCUCAGUCCGGCUCAGCUCUGCGCUCUUGAAGCGAGACGCGCCGAGGCAGUCGCUGUUGGUCCCUCGGUGGGUCCCCCAGGAACCGCCCGCACGAACGACCCCUCGGAACGACAGUCCACGGCCGUCUUCCGAGACCAGCCACCUGUGCAACGGCUAAUCGCCAGCACCUGUCAGACUGCGCAGCGAAGGUCGAAGGGUACGCACGUGUUUUCAUUGUAACUGUUGACGAAUCUGAUGAAAGUAAACCUACAUAUUUACGCUGCCAUCGACUGCACGAAGGUUGGGCACAGUCUUAUUUUCAGUGCCUGACCCCCAAUCUCUGAACUGCAGGUCAACCAGAAGCAGCAGAGUGAGAAGCUUGCGCGUUCCACCCGUGUUGGCUUUUUGAUGUUUUGACUGGAAGAGGUGCACGCCCUUGCGUCUGACGGUGCGGGUAGUCGUCGGCACACGCGAAAUCCCUAAAGCUGUAGGAGCCCACGGCCACGGCUCAGACCGGACGAAUUUGUCAACCUCUGGCGUGACCCAUUGGACGCCUUCUAGUCUUCGGCAAGCGUUGUAACCAUCCAUGCACUGAAAUGUCUGAUGCUCACAAGGCGAGCCUGCAAUUGAGCUGCCGCUCUUCGUCGUCAAAUUUUCACCAACUAGACACCCGGCCCAAAUCCUUAUUACCCCGAGUUGUUUUCAUAUCAGAGGUAUAUGCAAUCACUGGUUGACGCUGUACAGCUGGUAUGCAUGAUUGACAUGUGUGACUUAUAGAUGACGUUGCAUAUAUGCACACCUGAGGUAGUACGAAUUAACAUUUCCGUCCUGAAGGCCGACAGAAAUUGACCAUGAAUUUUCGAUGGCUCAUAACCCAUCAGCGCGGUAUAGGUCUAGGUCCGGGCUAAGUUACCCGUGCAGUUAAGUGCACAGCAGCUGUAUGAAAGCCUAGGCUGCCAGGUGUCGCUGGUUCAGUCGACGUUGCUUCCACUUUGAAAUAGGUUCAUCUCCCUUACAUGCCUAAUGUCCACGCCUGUGCCCUCUUCUCGUUUGUUAAACCCGAAAUACGCUCUGAGUCGGCGGCGGCAGGACGACGUAACCGGCCUAAAAACUACCUAGCCCAACUUGCUACAGCGACCAAUACGUGCGGGAUGCGAGUUAGAUGGCCAGUCGUGGUGCCUGGCUUGGUACAACACUUGCCAACGGCCUGCAAUGGAGAAGUGAGAGUGAAAGGGAUCUCCUUGUGCAAACCUUUCCCACCACAACCACUGCCGAUCAACGGUAGCUCGAGAGGAUAAAUCGGUUGGGAGCCAGGUCGCAGCGGCCCCUUACGACUUCUCCGACGCGGCACCAAGGCAAAGCUUGGUUAGCGUGGGUUGGGGGAGCUAAUACUUGCGUGGCACGCGAGCGGCGAGAGGGAACUAUCCGUUAGCCAUUGCACCCACGCUCGCCUCCAGAAACCUUGACUUAGCCCUUCGAUCAGAACACGAUGCGUCUUGAUCAACCCUGCGCAUGCCUCCAGGUCAUGCGCUGUUUACUGCUGCCCACAAGGGGUAGCGAUAGUCCUCUUCGAGUUUGACAGAGUACGAACUGUAGUUCUGGUAUUUUGGGGCUGGCUUUCCCGGUCGCGGUAUGAUCAGCCCCCUCUGGCUCUACUGCUGUGCCUGACUAGGUAUCGUGGCUAUUCACCGACAAAGUACUUAAAGUGGGCAGUUCAUAAGGAGCCGUCUCCACUAUUUAACUUCAGUUUUAGGUCCUUUCCGUCAGAAGACUUCCGGAAUAUCUAUUUCGUUGUCAUCGCUGAUGGCUGAUGAACAAGUUGACCGUUUACGACAUAGACACAUUUGGGGAUCAACGCAAAAUUUGGUUAAGGUCAGUAAACCAGCAGCCUAAGUAUCAUUCUAUGUGACCCAAACUACUUUUUGGAGAAAUUCAAAGUCGAUAACGCUAUAGGAAGCAAUUGUAUGUCAGCGGGUUGAUCUAAAAAACUCCGGAAGUCAUAUGGUUAUCACUGUCAAUGCUGGCAUACGACUUUAUAGAAAGAUAAUCUGACCUCAGAUGGCGGAACGCGCGUCCAUGCAGCUUUGUACUGGUUCUGGAACCGUUUUAUGGAAGCACAUUUUAUUAAGGCAACAAAAUAAAUUUACGAAAAACCAGUUUCCUGGCCUAUAAAUCCCAAGAAGUCACUUAACUGAUCGUCUUUUAGCAAGCAGAUCUAAAGUGCCGUCAAUCGUGUCCGUUAAAGUAUCUUUACUAACCCACCUACUGCAACCCCACGCUCUUGAGAGAUUAUGCGUUCGUCGGCCGAAAGUCGAACCUCCUUUUCUGACUGCUUUAUGGUCCCCAUCGAAUUUUAGAGUCUGCUAACCAGCUGGCCGAGCGCGCUCUCUUGAAUGUUCGAGACAAACUGGAAGGUCGGGUGGGUGGUAUUGGCAGUGGCGGCCUUUCUACAGCCGCUGGCAGCGAGGGUGUGAGCACUCUGAGAACAGCAGGCCAGAUUAACCUUCUCCUCCGAGCAGCAACGAACCCGGAAAAUCUCUCACGCAUGUACUUCGGAUGGCAGGCAUACCUCUGA